CCUGCAGAGGGGCGCGCAAAUGAGUUCCUAUUUUGUGAAUCCCACUUUCCCCGGGAGCCUGCCCAGCGGCCAGGACUCCUUCUUGGGCCAGCUGCCCCUCUACCAGGCCGGCUAUGACGCGCUGAGGCCCUUCCCGGCCUCGUACGGGGCGUCGAGCCUCCCGGACAAGACGUACACCUCACCUUGUUUCUACCAACAGUCCAACUCGGUCCUGGCCUGCAACCGGGCAUCCUACGAGUACGGGGCCUCGUGCUUCUAUUCUGAUAAGGACCUCAGUGGCGCCUCGCCCUCGGGCAGUGGCAAGCAGAGGGGCCCCGGGGACUACCUGCACUUUUCUCCCGAGCAGCAGUACAAACCCGACAGCAGCAGCGUGCAGGGCAAAGCCCUCCAUGACGAAGGCGCCGACCGGAAGUACACGAGCCCUGUUUACCCUUGGAUGCAGCGGAUGAACUCCUGCGCGGGUGCUGUGUACGGGAGCCAUGGGCGCCGAGGCCGCCAGACCUACACGCGCUACCAGACGCUGGAGCUGGAGAAGGAGUUCCACUUCAACCGCUACCUGACGCGGCGCCGCCGCAUCGAGAUCGCCCACGCGCUCUGCCUGACCGAGCGCCAGAUCAAGAUCUGGUUCCAGAACCGCCGCAUGAAGUGGAAAAAGGAAAACAAGCUCAUCAAUUCCACGCAGCCCAGCGGGGAGGACUCUGAGGCGAAGGCGGGCGAGUAGACGGGCAGGGACCAGGCCAGCGCUGCAACCUCCUCCAGCUUUGCCCCUGGCCCUCGCCUGCUCCCCGACUUUUCUCCCCGCCUGCGCCCACCCGGGGGCUUCCGCAGCUUCAGGGGAGCCCGGAGCUUUGCAAGCAUCUGAGCAUUUAUUUCUUACAAAACAAAACAAAACAAAACAAACAAAAAUCCCCACUCGCAGCCAGUACCAGCGGUGGAGCGGGGCGCGCUGUGCACACA